CUCCGCCUCCUGCGCCCACAGCGCCGGCCAGCGCCGAGCCCCCAGGAGCCCGAGCGCGGCCCAGGGGCGCCGCCGGCCCCUCCCCGGCGCGCUGACAGCAGGCCCGGCCCCCGCCCCGUGCCCUCGCUGGCGGGACACACCCCCAGCCCUCCUCUGCGCCGCCAGUUCCCGCCGGCCCCACCGAGCGGCAGAGAGAGCGGGCAGGCGAGCGGAGCGCGGCGGCGCGGGAGGGAAGGGGCGCGCGGCAGGCCCACGGGAGCAGCCUGGGACGCACGGAGCCCUCGUGCCCUCCGGGACAGUCGCCUGCCCCGGAGCCUCAGCUGUAGGCGCCCGGAGCCUCGGCGGCGAGUAGCGCGUGGGGCAGGGGUGGCGUGUAACUGCAGGAACCGGGGCAACCGGAGAAGGAGCCGGAACCCGGCCGGGAUGAGAAGGUGACGCCGCCGGGGGGCGCCACUCGCUUUGUGGGGACGAUGCUCGCCUACUGCGUGCAAGAUGCCACCGUGGUGGACGUGGAGAAGCGGAGGAGCCCCUCUAAACACUAUGUAUACAUUAUCAACGUGACCUGGUCUGACUCCACCUCCCAGACUAUCUACCGGAGGUACAGCAAGUUCUUCGACCUGCAGAUGCAGCUUCUGGAUAAGUUUCCUAUUGAAGGUGGCCAGAAGGAUCCGAAGCAAAGGAUUAUUCCCUUUCUUCCAGGCAAGAUCCUCUUCCGGAGAAGCCACAUCCGCGACGUGGCUGUGAAGAGACUAAAGCCCAUCGAUGAAUACUGCAGGGCGCUUGUCCGGCUGCCGCCCCACAUUUCACAGUGUGACGAAGUCUUCCGGUUCUUUGAGGCACGGCCUGAGGAUGUCAACCCUCCAAAAGAAGACUAUGGCAGUUCCAAGAGGAAAUCAGGUGCCGACACCAACGCCGAGCCCAUGAUCCUGGAACAGUACGUGGUGGUGUCCAACUAUAAGAAACAAGAGAACUCGGAGCUGAGCCUCCAGGCCGGGGAGGUGGUAGAUGUCAUCGAGAAGAACGAAAGCGGCUGGUGGUUUGUGAGCACAUCUGAAGAGCAAGGUUGGGUCCCCGCCACCUACUUGGAGGCCCAGAAUGGCACACGAGACGACUCGGACAUCAACACCUCCAAGACUGGGGAAGUGUCCAAGAGACGCAAGGCACACCUGCGGCGCCUGGAUCGCCGGUGGACCCUGGGCGGGAUGGUCAACAGGCAGCACAGCCGAGAAGAGAAGUAUGUCACUGUGCAGCCCUACACCAGCCAGAGCAAAGACGAGAUCGGCUUCGAGAAGGGUGUCACCGUGGAGGUGAUUCGAAAGAACCUGGAAGGCUGGUGGUACAUCAGGUACCUCGGCAAAGAGGGUUGGGCACCAGCGUCCUACCUGAAGAAGGCCAAGGAUGACCUGCCGACCCGGAAGAAGAACCUGGCGGGUCCGGUGGAGAUCAUAGGGAACAUUAUGGAGAUCAGCAACCUUCUCAACAAGAAGGCAUCUGGGGAUAAGGAGGCUCCGGCUGAAGGCGAGGGAUCCGAGGCCCCCAUCACCAAGAAAGAGAUCAGCUUACCGAUCCUCUGCAACGCCUCCAAUGGCAGCGCCUUGGCCAUUCCCGAGAGGACCACAUCCAAGCUAGCCCAGGGCUCCCCAGCUGUGGCCAGGAUCGCCCCUCAGAGGGCCCAGAUCAGCUCCCCAAAUCUGAGGACAAGACCUCCCCCGCGCAGAGAAUCCAGCCUGGGGUUCCAGCUGCCAAAGCCGCCAGAGCCCCCUUCUGUUGAGGUAGAAUACUACACCAUUGCUGAAUUCCAGUCCUGCAUUUCUGACGGGAUCAGCUUUCGAGGCGGACAGAAGGCAGAGGUCAUCGACAAGAACUCGGGUGGUUGGUGGUACGUGCAGAUCGGGGAGAAGGAGGGCUGGGCCCCAGCCUCAUACAUUGACAAGCGCAAGAAACCCAACCUCAGCCGCCGAACCAGCACUCUGACGCGGCCCAAGGUGCCGCCACCUGCGCCCCCCAGCAAGCCUAAGGAGGCCGAGGAGAAUCCUGUGGGUGCCUGUGAGAGCCAGGGCUCCCCACUGAAGGUUAAAUACGAGGAACCCGAGUAUGACGUCCCUGCCUUUGGCUUUGACUCAGAGCCCGAGAUGAAUGAAGAGCCUUCAGGGGACAGAGGUUCAGGUGACAAGCAUCCCGCCCAGCCCCGAAGGAUCUCGCCUGCCUCUUCCCUGCAACGGGCCCAUUUCAAGGUGGGUGAGUCUUCUGAGGACGUGGCCCUGGAAGAGGAGACCAUCUAUGAGAAUGAGGGCUUCAGGCCAUACACAGAAGACACCCUGUCUGCCAGAGGCUCCUCUGGGGACAGUGACUCCCCUGGGAGCUCCUCUUUGUCCCUUGCCGUGAAAAACUCCCCUAAAUCAGAUUCCCCCAAAUCCUCAUCACUCCUAAAGCUCAAAGCAGAGAAGAAUGCCCAGGCAGAACUGGGGAAAAACCAGUCCAACAUCUCCUUCUCCUCCUCUGUCACCAUCAGCACCACCUGUUCCUCCUCCUCAUCCUCGUCCUCCUUGUCCAAGAACAAUGGUGACCUGAAACCACGUUCUGCCUCAGAUGCAGGUAUCCGUGACACCCCUAAGGUUGGGACCAAGAAAGAUCCUGAUGUGAAGGCCGGGCUGGCCUCCUGCGCCCGAGCCAAGCCAUCCGUGAGACCAAAGCCAGUCCUGAACCGAGCGGAGUCUCAAAGCCAGGAGAAGAUGGAUAUUAGUUCCUUACGGCGCCAGCUGAGGCCCACAGGCCAGCUCCGGGGGGGCCUCAAGGGCUCUAGGAGUGAGGACUCAGAGCUGCCUCCACAGAUGGCUUCUGAGGGAUCCAGGCGAGGUUCUGCGGACAUCAUCCCUCUCACGGCCACCACUCCCCCGUGUGUCCCCAAAAAGGAAUGGGAAGGGCAAGGCGCCACCUACGUGACGUGCAGCGCCUAUCAGAAGGUCCAGGACUCGGAGAUCAGCUUCCCCGAAGGCGCCGAGGUGCACGUGCUGGAGAAGGCGGAAAGUGGGUGGUGGUACGUGAGGUUUGGGGAGCUGGAGGGCUGGGCUCCUUCCCACUACUUGGUGGCCGAGGAGAACCAGCAACCUGACACAGCUAGCAAAGAGGGAGACACAGGAAAGAGCUCGCAGAACGAGGGCAAGUCAGACAGCCUGGAAAAGAUUGAGAAGCGUGUGCAGGCGCUCAACACUGUGAACCAGAGCAAGAGGGCCACCCCACCCAUCCCCUCGAAGCCUCCCGGGGGCUUCGGCAAGACCUCGGGCACCGUAGCGGUGAAGAUGAGGAACGGGGUCCGGCAAGUGGCCGUCAGGCCCCAAUCUGUGUUUGUGUCUCCGCCACCCAAGGACAACAACCUGUCCUGUGCCCUUCGGAGGAACGAGUCGCUAACGGCCACCGACAGCCUCAGAGGUGUCCGCAGGAACUCCUCCUUUAGCACCGCACGGUCAGCAGCCGCUGAGGCCAAGGGCCGCCUGGCCGAGCGGGCUGCCAGCCAGGGCUCAGAAUCGCCCCUGCUGCCUACCCAGCGCAAAGGCAUCCCUGUCUCCCCCGUGCGUCCCAAGCCCAUAGAGAAGUCCCAGUUUAUCCACAACAACCUCAAGGAUGUGUACAUCUCGAUUGCAGACUAUGAGGGGGACGAAGAGACGGCUGGCUUCCAGGAGGGGGUGUCCAUGGAGGUGCUGGAGAAGAACCCCAAUGGCUGGUGGUACUGCCAGAUCCUGGAUGAGGUGAAGCCCUUCAAGGGCUGGGUACCCUCCAACUACCUUGAGAAGAAGAACUAAUAGCACAGGGUCCUUCCAGACUCAACGUGCUGCCUUGGCUGCCACUGGAUGAGCUGCGGCACGCCAGACACGGGGAUGGACAAGAUGGGAGGGGGGGAGGGGGAUGACAACAUUGAACCCUGCAGAACAUGUGACCCCCCAAUACACCCUCCAGCUGGAAGGGAGGGUGUGAUGGGCAUGCACACUUAGGAGAAAGGGAAGAGCAGGAAUGCCCUGGGCCCGGGAUCCCCGCAUUGCACGUUGCAUGCGGAUGGACCAUAUGUCAUUUAGCACAGGCCAUGUGGGAAAAGCCUAAUCGUGCCUUGCUGCAGAUCUGGAAAAGAUGUCAUGAGGUGUCCUGGGUCCUGCCCUGCUCAGCCACUUCAGUGGCUGGCUUCUUGCCUCUGGAAGUCAUUCUUGCAUUGCCCUUGUGAUGUGUUGGAGAUUGUAUUGGUCUCUAGUCCACCACCGACCACUGAUGGGUUUCUGGAGAACUACCAGCUCUGGGCUUUGGCAGCGUCUCCAAAGAGCUCAGCCCUUUCUGGGGCCAGGCCACAGCCUAUGUUUGGUAGUUAAAAGAGUUCCCAGGUGCCAACAAGGACUGUCUCCUCUUGCUGUGCUGGCUUGGCCUGGCAAGGAGAGUUGCCCUCCUCGGGGCACGUGGAGGACAGUGUGGGAGUUGGCCGAGAGGAUGCGAGUCUCCUCCUAAUCUAGAGAUUGCUCGAGGAUUUCCGGGUAGGCAAUUCCUUCUGCAUGUUUGGGAAAUGGUUAUCGGUUGGAGGUUUAUAUAUCAAGCGUUUGGUUUGGGGUUUAUUUUAGAAGUUGUUUGGGGGCCCGAGGGGCUCAGCCUCACAUAGGAGACGGGUAGUGGUGGGUGGGGUUUCCGUUGAAUUCAUGGAGGGAUGUUUUAUUUGGGUUUUGGUUUAAUGUCUUUUGCCUUUCCAUAAACCAGAUUGUUUGUUUAGGUUUCCACUGUGUACACAGUGCCCAAGCAUGGCACCUUAGCAGGGAGUUUGGAACUGGGUAAAGCCAAGUCCCCGGCUCGGUGAAACAAAGUGUUCAGGUUCCUGCCCAAGAGGGAAAGAGGGCAGCCUGCUGGGUGGCUAAUCUGCCUACUUCUGCCCACUUUCUCCAACCUGGGCAGAAGGGACCCUGGCUGGGUCAGCCCAGAGCAGACACUGUGCCCUUAGCCUGCUGGCAAGGUACCCAAGAAGAUGGAGGACUUUGAAGCCAGGAGCCAACCCUAUCUUCCUGAGGGGCAGCACCCCCCGGGGAACAGAGAAGCAAAAGAGAGUGGAGUGGAAACAGUCCUCUGUCUGCUUUGGGUCGUGAGUCAGUGGUUGACAUUUCAGAGGGGACCCUCCGGAAAGAAGCCCGCAGUGUCCUUCCAGGACUCCCCUCAUGCCAGGAGUGGAUGCCAUACGUGCCUUUGACUUGGGACAGAUCCUGUCUCACAGCCUGUGGCUGAGCUGCCAGCAUCUCCUCUGACCAAGGGCUGCUGGUUCCAACAGACAUGGGAGGAAGAGCGCCCCUCACCCCACCUCCCAGGCAGGUCUGCCUUCAGCUCCCAACCCUAACCUCCUGGAUCCCCAAGCCAUGUUUCUCCCACAGGUGGAUGCAACCCACUAGCCUCCUCUGUCAAAAGCCCGUGGUGGUGACAUUGUUCUAUUUUCCUUUUCUGUGUUCAUGAGUUUGUUUAAAAUUGAAAUUAGUUAAUUUUCUUCUGCUGGACAGUAUUAAAUAGAGUGGGGUUGUUGAGUUAAUCUGCUAGAUUGCAGUACUAAUGAUAGUGGUAUAGUGUCUUCAUGAUAUUAUUUGUACUUAUUUGAACAAUAAUGAUAAAGAAGUGGUUCAUUAUUUCUUCAUUAAUGCACUUUAAGGUGGAAUGGAAAGCAACCUGGAGAGCGAAGUGCAUUACUUAAAGAUGCAGCAUAUACACUUCUCAUUUUAAAACAGCACGUAUUUAUUAAAAGAGGAAAAAAGUAAUUUAUGACUAUUUAAAAUAAAAUUUAAAGUAGAGUGGCUGUCAGGUGAGAGGACCUUCGACGUAGCCGUCUGCCAGGGGGAGGGGCCACAGCCUCACUCCUCAGAUGUCUGCAUUGAGCCAGCUCCAUUAGUGCGCCCGCCUGGCUGCCAGGCACAGAGCAUCUCAGUUGGACUGGACCACCAGGAUCCCCAGAGCCAGCCUUCCCCACCUCCCCUGUCCUUGCCACAUCCCAAAGAUUCUCUCACAAUCCCCCGUGUCCUGAAAUCAUAGAUCCUUAAAAGUGGGACAGGGAGGGUGGGGGACCUUAGAGGUCACUCCAUACUAUCCAUUCCUGUUACUUUAGCCCAAGGACAGGAAAUGACUUUCCCCAAAUUGUCAAACUAAUGGCAGGUUCCUGCACUGCAUUAGUACUGUGUUCCUCCCCUGCCCCUCUAGUUUAUUGUGUGGUCAUUGUGUUUACAUUGUAACAUCCAGCCCCAGGGAUGGCUGGGAGUUGCUCAGGCAUCUGGGAAAAGUGGGGAACGUCGCCACCUAGUGUCAGGAUGUAGACUUGGGCAAGGAGUCAUAGCCAAGGUCCCUCACCACCAAACCCAUCAGGGCACAGCACAAACCCUGCCAGCACAAAGAAUACUUGAAACAAGAAGGGUGCAUACCAGGCCUUCCCAGACAUGGUCGAGAGAUGCCAGGCGAUGUGUCCCUGAAUCCUAGCCCUCCCCAGGCGAGAGGGCUUUUCCUUAGAGCUAAUGAGCUGCUUUGUGAUAUUGGACAGACCACAGCAGCUGAGGGAAGGGCCUGGGGCUCUGACCCACCUAGAGGAAAACCAGAUCGAACUAAAAGGAAAAAAAGUGGAAUCUCAGAAACGUCCAAACCUAGUUUUCCAUUUGUUAUGAUUGAAAAUGUGAAAUGACAUUGUAUUGCUGUAUACUGCAACUUUAAUCAGAAUGAGCCCUUCUGAGGUCAUUAUUGAGGUUUAUAUAAUGCCCGAAGACGCAUCAUCUGGUGCUCUGUUUUCUUUCAGUUUAAAGACCCUUUUCUUGUAUCACAGGGGUGGAGGGAAAAGUCUUCAAACCGUAUCCUUUGCCAGUAGCUGGCCUGGCUACACUGCCUGGCUCCUCUGUGCUCUCACAGUCGGGGAGCAGGAGGAAGCUGGUAGUGGGGUGUCCAUCAGCAGCAGGUUCCUGUUUGCUCCCCCCAGGCUCCCUUCACAACUAGGGUUCUGUCUGCAAAGGCCUCACUCUCUACCCCAAGCCUGGCCCCAAGGGUUCCUCUUUCUCACUCCUAAUGGACGAAGGCAUUAUAUAGCGCCCUCGUAGGCACUUUGAGAUGUUAGAGAGUAUUUUACUGGCAUUUAUACCCUUCGCUUCCCCUGCAAGGCAUGUUACGGCGUCUAUCAUCUAAGGAAAAAAGACAAGGGAAUUUCAGUCAAAUGUUAUUUUCAUAUGACUAGUACUUGCAGAAUAGAUGUAGAGUUAUUUAAGUUGUAGUGUUCUGUUUUUUAGGAAGGGGUGGGGACCAGGUGAAAUCACCCCGACUUUUCCUGGGUUUGACUAAUAUAUAAUUUUUUUUCAGGCUACUCGAGCCCCCUGUUCCCUCUAAAGACUUUGCAUUCUCAAUGGAAAACGAAAACAAUCUGAGACAGGAAAAGUGCAAUAUUACCAAGAGGGAUUUGGGACAGUGGAGACCCUGUUGAGUCUGUCUGCAGAAAAUGGGAGGAGUUGUGGGAGGUAGCCACCCGAGGACAGCCCAUCAGUGUUGUCCACCUAGAAGGAUGUGGCAUGGUGCUCUUGACCUCCUGGGCCGGUCCCCAGAGCAGAAUGAGAACAUCCACUCCCGUUCUCCUGUUUUGCAGUCAGCUGCUCAUAGAGACCGGCAGCCCCCUCGCCCCAGCCUCCUGAUGUGUGUGGGCUAUGAAGCUUUGGAUGUGUGCUUGAGUCUUUCUAAAACUGUAAAACCUCAGUUCAGCUUGUGGGCAGGAAUCCUGGCCAUAAGCAAACUCAUCUGGAGGGUGCGUGCUGUAAGCCCCACUUACCCAGUGAGAGCCAGUUCCUACAGGCCUGCAGUAGGCCUGGAGCUGAGUCCUGGCCACCCAUUCAUCUCAGUGACUUGGGCAAAAGGCAUGAGCCUGUCUCUAAUAACAGGAACUCCUGAGGCAGGUGCACACGAGCAUCCUUUCUCAUGCAGCAAGGAAAAGAGGCAGGAAAAGAUGGCUUCUUGGGGGCGAGGAGCAAGUUCCAGAACUCGGCUCCCCAAGGAUAGCAAGCACGGCCUUGCUGGUAUGUCCCGUUUAUAUAGUACUGUAGGCCUGCUGCUCUGACCCAUCUUGUGUGAAUUUCUAUACAGAUAGGAAGAGGGACCGGGCCCCUUUUUGGGUCUCUCCCUUGGAAUAGAUAUGGCUGCAUAGCCGUAAUUGGAAUACCCAUGCAGCUCUCUGGAAAGACAACAGUCCACAUCACUAACCAAUUAAGAUUCCCUCGCUUUUUUGAGGGCUGAGAAUGUGUGUGUGUGUGUGUGUGUGUGUGUGUGUGUGUGUGUGUGGUCAUUUCCACGAGCAUGGGAAGUUCAUGAGUGCAUAUGUGUGUGUAAGAAGAAAGAGACUGGUGGUAAUUCUCCACUUGAAUAGCAUGGGGUUAGAGAGAAUGAGUACCGGGCAGGCAGUCUCCAUUGAACUAGUCCUUGGCAUUGGGCAGGUCCCAAGGGACGCGCAGCUUCUGACAACAUGUGUGUCAUUCACACGAUUCUGGCUGGAGAGUGCAAUGUGUCUUUAAAAAUUUUUUUGUAAUUAUUUUAUUAUUUAGUUGGAAACUUCACACUGGUAUUAACAGAGCGAACAGAAGCAGCCCAGGCAGGCCAUUGUCCCGGGCACCAAGAUGAAGACAUGGAAAAGAUACUGUUGAGUAUGGAAGUGCUGAAGUGAUUAAAUUAGGGCACCCACCUCCAUCCUCUCCUUGGCAUGAGACCCCCGGGGAUUCAUGAGCUACUGGGUUACGGUUUGUUUCUGAAGGACAGGCAGGCUGGCAGAUGAGGAGUGAGACAGUAGGGCCUGCAGCUGUCCACACAGCAGUGCCUCCCGUCUCCACAGCGAGCCUUCCGUCUCCACAGCGAACCUUAGAUCGCUUCCUGUGAGUGUGGAAGGCUCCUCAUGACCGGCUGGGAUUUUUGAUAAGUCCCGUUUGGGGCAAUCUGAUAGUCUCAUGUCCCCAUGUUUCCUAAGCUCGGUGCUGAGAGUGACGUUAGCACUGCUAGUCACUUCGUUCUGUGCAUCUGGGUCCCCAGACCACAAAGUAGGUACAUUGGUGCUUGUAGAUUGAAGGAAAGGGUCUUUCCAAAGCCUUGAUCCCAACCUGGCUGCAAGGGAUUGGCAGGUGCCACCCUCUCCCCUCUCUAAAUCUCAAGUGACCUUGACAGUCCGUGCCCCUCCCCUAUUGCACUCCAAUGCCUUAGAGUGCCCCCCCGCACCCCCCCCACCCCCCGGUGCUGAAGGUCCCUGCCUUAUUCCCAAAUCAUAUUCUGGACAGUUGGCUGUGUCUUUGGAAGUGUGAGAGAGUCAUGUUAGUGCAAACAGACGUGUCUGGCAUGUGGGAAAGCUAGUGGGAGGCAUGUUGGCAAGAGGAGUGCGCAUGUUUGGAGUUACUGGCGCUUACCGUCCUUGCACGGGGUGGAAGCUUCCAGAGAUGUCUUUUAGGUAGGUGUGGGAAGGCUGAGAGAGAGAGAGUUUGGAACAGGAAAGGAGUCAGUUCUUGGAGGUUGAAAACGAGAGGUUUCCAGGGAUUUUUGCUCUCACCAGCCAAGAGUCCAGCCAGAGAAAACUUGUUCACUGGGCCCCAUCCGGGCUUCCAGUAUCAUUGUCUUAAGGAAGAGGUGCUGCAAGUCAUACGCCAAUCUUUGGGUCUGCGGGCCCAGUCCCAUCCCGGAUUCCCCAUAGUUUUUGCCCAGUGCAUUUUGUCCCAUGCAGAGCUAGCCUGUCAAACCAUACAAAAUAGACACCACUGACCAUAAUAGGCCACACCGUAGGGACCCAACACCUCCAUACUAGACCCUAAAGCCCAGGCCUAUCUGGGAGGCAGGUGACCUCAUUGGGACAUUUAUUCCCAAGGCUCCAAUAGAACCUACGGUUCUGAUUGCUGAGUCUGCCUCCUGCCUGCCAGUCCGGCCAGGCGAGUGCACCACCCUCCUGCAUGUGCAUCUACUGAGGCACACUGCUUCUGAGUUUACUUCAAAGGGUACACAGUUGCCAUCCUUAGAUUUACAACUUGUCUCCUGCAACAGAGGACAUGGGUGUCCCUACCAGUUACUGAGAGGCCUGGAAGGUAACUUGGAAGGCAGAAGUGAGCAGCUACUGCUACCGUGUGAUGAGAACGAGCCGGUGGAUGUCACUGGGACUCCUAAAUCACAGGGAUUUCCUAGUGUCCACUCAUCCCCGGCCAGCCUACUGUGGUCAGCAGGAGCCCUUCCCCCAGUUUCUCCCCUCCGCUCCCCACCUCAGCAGAGGAACGGAGACAAGGACAUUGGAUGCAGUAGGGGGGUCCGUGCAAGUGCUAACAUAUCUCCAGGAUCCUCGGUGGUGCUAACCUAUCUCCAUGUUUCUCAUAAUUCUAAUAGUGGAUUCUUUUUUAUAAGCCUCAUCACAAACACAGUGUCACCGGGGGAGGGACCCAGCCCCCUUGACCUGCCCCUUUCCAGGUGUCCUUUAUCACUUUGGUGGGACUCUUUGAUCUGUAGAAAUGACCUGUCUUGGCAUGCUUCUAGACUUCAACAUUUGGAUUGUUUUGUUUCCUAUUUUGUUCGUGUUUACAGGCAUCUUGUAUUUCCCUAAAGACUAAAUAAAGUUUUUGGCCUUUUUAACUGAA